CGCAGCCCUGAGAAAGGACCAGUGAGGUUAUAGGCUGAGACAUAAGUGAGCGUGUGUUAAUGUGUGUGUGGGAGAGAGGGAGAGAAGAGUGGAGUUCAGUGUCAGUGACACACACCAUGUUGUUGGUGCUGUAGGAUCAGAGCGCAGGAGUCUCUUCAGGGCGCUCAGAGCUGGCAGAAGGCGGACACAGAGGUGAGAGAUGCGGGCGCAGCGUCUGAAGGAGGCGCGCUGUUGUGAUUCUCUUCAUCGUGAAGCUCACUCCUCCUGCUCCUCCUGCUGCUCCUCCUGUCGCUCCUGCUGCUGUGGCGCGCACCGCGCUCCCCAUCGAUCCAUUUAACGGCUUCGCACCGGAUCAAUCAGUGGGACUAUGUGAGCACCAUGCUCGCGGUGAGAUGCCUGCUGUUCGCUGCAGCGUGUGCCACAGCUCUGCAGGGAGAGCUCCCUCUCGCAGACGAGGUCGUUCAGCCCAAGCGGCUCCUGCAUCAGAUCUACUCACAGGAGGAGCUGCUUCACAGCCGCCUGGACACCAGAGUCCGAAACCACAGCGCCGGAGAGCAGCCGGUCCAUCUGGCCCAGUGCAGCUUCCUGGUGAAGGCCUUUGGCACUUCUUUCAUCCUUGACCUGGAACUCAACCAUAAUCUCCUGUCUACAGACUAUGUGGAGCGGCACUAUGAGGAUGACGGGCAGCUGUCAGAAAGUAUGGGGGGAGAGCAUUGCUACUACCACGGGCAAUUGCGAGGGAUACACGGAUCCUGGGCCGCGCUCUCCACCUGCCAUGGCCUGCGUGGGAUGUUCUCUGAUGGGAACUUCUCUUAUGUGAUUGAGCCAGUUGGCCGUGGAGAGGAGCACAAUGACCACACUGUGCACCGCAUGCCAGGCAUUGACCUCUUCCAACCUCCGUGUCCAGGAUGCUCUGUGAACAGCACUCGGCCUGAGGAGCACCCAGAUGGCCUCAGUGAAGGAGACACAGAGCUGAGGGAAGGAGACGAGUGGUCUGAGGAUGGAAAGCCCGUCGCUGCAGGACGACUGAGACGCUCAAAGAGACAAGUGCGGCGAGGCCAGCGCACAGUCCAAACCGAGACCAAGUACAUCGAGCUGAUGGUGGUGAACGACCAUGAGCUGUUUGUGCAGCUCCGCCGCUCGACCACACAGACGAAGAACUUUGCCAAAGCAGUGGUGAACAUGGCCGACGCAAUCUACAAGGAGCAGCUCAACACUCGCAUCGUCCUGGUCUCCAUGGAAACCUGGUCGUCUGAAAACAGAAUCUCUGUCGGCGACGAUGCUCUGCUCACCCUGCGAGACUUCAUGAAGUACAGGAAGGAGAGCAUCAAGGAGCGCUGCGACGCUGUGCACCUCUUCUCUGGGAGGACGUUCAUGAGCAGCCGCAGUGAGGCCGCCUUCAUCGGGGGCAUCUGCUCACUCAGCAGGGGGGGAGGCAUUAAUGAGUUUGGCAGUGUGGGUCCCAUGGCCAUCACAUUGUGUCAGAGUCUUGGUCAGAACAUCGGCAUGCUGAGGAAUAAGGAGCGACCAGCUGCAGGAGACUGCAGGUGUCCAGAUCCCUGGCUGGGCUGCAUCAUGGAGGAUACAGGUUACUACCUGCCUCGGAAGUUUUCUCGCUGCAGUAUAGACGAGUACCUGCGCUUCCUCCAGCAGGGAGGAGGCAGCUGUCUCUUCAACAAGCCCAGCAAGCUCUUUGACCCACCAGAGUGUGGUAAUGGAUAUGUUGAGCUGGGAGAGGAGUGUGACUGUGGAUCACUAGUGGAUUGUGCUCGCAGUGGAGCCAACUGCUGUAAAAAGUGUACACUUACCCACAAUGCCAUGUGCAGUAACGGACUCUGCUGCAGGGACUGUAAGUACGAGCUGAGAGGCGUGACGUGCCGAGAAACCGUCAAUGACUGUGACAUCCCUGAGACCUGCACAGGAGACUCCAGUCAGUGUCCUCAUAAUGUCCACAAACUGGACGGCUACACGUGCGAUGCUGGCCAGGGUCGUUGUUAUGGAGGUCGCUGUAAGACCAGAGACAGCCAGUGCAGGACUCUGUGGGGCUACAACUCCGCGGACAGGUUCUGCUAUGAGAAGCUGAACUCUGAGGGCACAGAGAAAGGAAACUGUGGCCCGGACUCCUCCGGUCAGGGAUGGAUGCCGUGCAACAAGCAAGACGUUCUGUGUGGUCUGCUGCUGUGCACUAAUCUGACAGAGAAGCCCAGGUUUGGCGAGCUGAUCGGGAAGCUCACGAGUCUGACCAUCCACCAUCAGAACAGAUACCUGGACUGCAGGGGAGGCCAUGCUGUACUGGAUGAUGGUUUAGACCUUGGCUACGUGGAGGACGGGACGCCAUGUGGGCCAAACAUGAUGUGCACGGAGCGCCGCUGCAGCGCCGUGAACACGUUCAACCUCAGCACCUGCCCGGGUUCAUCGUCCUCCCGUAUCUGCUCUCACCACGGGACAUGCAGUAAUGAGAUGAAGUGUAUCUGUGAUCCAGACUUCACCGGGAAAGACUGUAGCGUCUUUGACCCAAUCCCCAUCCCAACCGCACCAGACGGUCCAGAAAAGCACAAAGGUCCCAGUGGCACCAAUAUCAUAAUAGGUUCGGUUGCUGGUGCAAUUCUGGUGGCAGCCAUCAUCCUGGGGGGAACAGGCUGGGGAUUUAAAAACAUCCGAAGAGGAAGAUCUUCAUGAGUUUGACUGUUGAUCUGUCCUGUCUUCCUCACACUGUGUCCAGUCCACUCUGAGGAGACAAAAAAAGACUUGUCUUCCACCUGCUUUUCUUUCCACCCUGUUUGGCUUUUCCUGAUGUUCUCUCUCUCUCUCUCUCUCUCUCUUCAGCUAAUGUUCUCUCCCUCUGAAAAGACUGUUUUUGUUCAUUUUUAAAGUGUGAUACAGAAAACAGGAGACACAAAUGUCCACAAACGUCCACGUUGCUGUGACCUGAAAGGACGUUUGUGUCCCGGACACAGAAGUGUCAUUAGUUCUUCUUUAACCACAGGUUACAGCUGAUCUUCUGCCAUAUCGACUGUUAUUGUUCUUUAGUGAUUUCACUGGAAAAGGCUAAUUGUACUGAGUGCCACGUUAUGAUAAGACCAACCUUAUAAAGGAUUUAUACUGUAAUUAGUUAUUGUAAACAACCUUGUUCAUGUCUAACUAUAGUUACAAGGAGAAACUAAACCGUUGGCAAUUCAAGGUUUACAAAAAAAUAUAAAAUGCUUUGCAAAAGACAAUAUAAAGAAAAGAGACACGUUGAAAGAAAUUUUCUCCUUAAAUUAAUAUAAAUUAAACAGUGUAGUGUAAACAUAAUAUAAUAAGAAUUUGAUUUGAAGCAGUCCUGCAGUUCUUUGUUCUUGUUCUGUUCUGUCAGGACGACCUCAUUGACCGCUGGAUUAUUCAUAAUAUUAUAGCAGCAAAUAACAAAUGUGCUUUGUCCCUAAGCUGUUAAGCCGUCAGUUUUCACACAUGUGAUAUGGUCGUAUAAAGUACUGUUUAUAAACAGGAAGGGCAGACUAUUACUGUUUAUAUAUUUUACACAGAAGCGGUUUUAAAUGAUUGUAGCUUCAUACAUUUGAUCAGGCUCACAGGUAUAAUAUGGGCUCAAUAUUAUAGAAAGCAAUAAACCACAGUCAAAUGUGUAAUCAAACCAUAUUCAUGAUUUAUAAAACUAUUUUUUCCUCACCUUAACCAAGGUUGGAAUAAACGUAGGUGUCACAGCAGCUCUCCAUGUCACCUGGUCGUGUCGCUUCACACUGCACAACAUCAGGAAAAUAAGGCCUGUGUAAGACACUGUAAAAGAUCAUUUAACAACCUAAAAGAGCACAUGUCACUGCUCAUCGACCUCCACUGCAGCCCAAAAGCUACUUCUUAGUUAAAGGGUUACACUUCUGUGUCUGGCACUUAUGUGCCCACAGACUAUGAUGCAUAUGCUCCGUCUCGACCACUGCGUUUCUCCGUCCCAAUCUCAGUCCAGAUUGCUCUCGUUUGUGGUUCCAUGUUGGUGGAGCGAGCUCCUUAAUCUGCUAUCAGAGCCGCAGACUCUCUCUGUCCUUGAGAAAACUCGCUGCCUCCUCUCUAAAAUCUCUCACCACCAGUUGUCUUACCACAUGUCUUUCCUCCUGAUGCUCUCUCACUGAGCUGCAGCUCUAAUAAAUUGUAGUUUUUAAUUAAUAUUGUCUAUGAACAUUGAAUGUUUCUGCUGACAUUUUAACCGUAGUACCUGUAUGUUGAUCACUUGUAUGUCACUUUGGAUACAAACAUCUGCCAAGUGACUACAUUUCAGUCUUGUAUAAAAUACCUUAAAGGGAUACUUGAGUAAAAGUUCAAGUAUCUUUACCAGAAAAUGACUUUGGUGGAAGGUGAAGUCACUUUUUAUAAUAACACUUAAGGUAAAGUCUUAAAGUACAUUUACUGUACUUAAGUAUCAACGGUAAUUGUCUGAUAUAAAAUGUACAUAAGUUUUAGAAGUAAAAGUUUAAAAAAAGUGAGGAGUUAGGAUUGAGCCAUGGUGGGUCAGUGGUCUUUCAACUGGAAGGUUGCGGGUUCAAUUCCUGGCUCUGCUAGUCCUAUAUUUGUCCUUGAGCAAGACACUGAACCCCAUGUUGCAGCAUGUGAAUGGGUGAAAACUAUAGUGUAAGCAGCUCAUCAAGCCUAGAAAAGCUCUAUAUAAAUACAGACCAUAAUACCAACUCUUCUUCUUCGGACUGUAUUUGGUAGUAACAAGUAACAAAGUUGCUAGAAAUAUAAAUAACCAAGUAAAGUACAGAUAUGUGAAUUGUUACAUGUAAUUAUGAAUAAAUUAUUCAUAAGUGUAGUCUUAUUAUAACGUGGUACCAAGAAGCCUUUUAUUAAAAAAUAGUUUUUCUGAUUUAAUAACCUCAUAGAGGACACAACCAGCUCUCCUCAGGAGUGUGACUGUAAUACUGCAGCAGAAGCGUCUCAAUAUAAUCAAUAGUGAAUGUUGAUGUUCCGAGUUAUUUUUUUUGCGUGCUUUAAGGACAUAACAUUCCACAGUAACAGCCACCAUUUCUCCUCCUGUGUCAUCUUCCAUUAACACGCCCGCCCUGAAUCAACGCUCACACAUAAUAUGCAUCAAUGUAUGAAUGUACGAUAGGAAAGCUUAACUCGCUGCUGAUGACAUCAGAGCACUUUGUACUUUGCCGCCGCCAAAUCCUGGUCCACAGUUGCACGGACUGUGCACACACUGAAUGUUUUUAUGUAAUCCAUAUAGGAACAAUAUGCAUACAGGUGUGCUCCACACGGGUGCUGAUGUACAUAGUGUAUCAUAUAGGGUCGAUCGAUUUGCUCUGAAUGGAAGCACAAAAAGAACGAGAAAAGAAACAAAAACGGAACACGUCCUGCCUCUCAGCUUCAAACUGCUCAUUUGAAAGAUUUAAUUAGUGAGUGUGAAUUUUAAAGCUUUGCAGGUUUUAGGGAACAACGCUGAUUAGGACUACACUGCAAAAUUCUUACCCAAAGUUUAUACAAACGUCUCAUGUACUCACACUUGUGCUUACAUUUCACAAUAUUAGCAUUUUACGUUCGUCUAAUAAUGCUCUUGAAAACCUGAAAAAAAUCUGGUCCAAUACAUAGCGAGACAUAUGUAAAAGAAAAUCAGUUGAUAUCUGGUCUCCUUUAUGUCAAAUUCUGCAGCCUUAAUGUGCAUCACUGUCUCCGUGUAUCUAUCAGGUCUUAUGUCAGAGGAUUAUACGGCACGAGAGAGCUUGAGAAUCUUUGUUUCACCACUUUUGACGAGCUGCACAAAAGCACAGGUGCCAGACGAGAUAAAACCCAACUUACACUGCCAGUCAAACUUCAGGAGCAUCAGAGGAACAUGUUGACACAGACACAGACAGACGUCUUCAGUGAAGGUCAGGUACAUCACUGACAUUCCAAUGAUCAGAAUUUGACAGCACUCACUAAAUGUCUGCCAUGAUGUGUCACUUUGAUCAAACUGAACACUGUGUUGAAAAUAAAAAAAUAAAACAAUAAAACUCAAGGACAGACUCGGCUGAACGCUCAGGAUCCACUGCAUUUUGUCAUCGUCGCUCCUCAAAGGACUUUGGAAACAUUUACCUUUCACAGUAUGGGACGCAACAUUGUCUGGUGUAAAAAAAGAAGGUUUAACAUUUACUGUAAAUACUUAUAAAACUGUACAGUGACAAAUACAUUAAAGAUAUCGGAAUACCAA